CUUCUUACAGACUGGUAGAAUUAUUACGAUUAAAAUAUAACAAUAAAUGUAGAGAGCACUCCAGCACUUACAAAAUCGAUCAUGAUCACUCCAAAUCUAAUUCCAAGAGGGGAAAUGUCAUCGUUUUCUCUGCAAACGCAACUCUCUUCUUUGUUCUGGGGCAGAGAUUUAUGCAUGCUCCACCGACAUGGUUGUGGUAAUUAUAGAAAGGGAAAUUGUUCGAGUAAGGUUUAUGCAAUGUCAAGUAGCAAUUCGGUUUAUAAGAUGAAUCUGAAUGAGUACAUGGUCACUCUUGAUAAACCUCUCGGUAUUCGCUUCGCAUUGUCCCUUGAUGGCAAAAUCUUCGUUCACGCACUCAAAAAAGGGGGAAAUGCUGACAGGUCGAGGAUAAUAAUGGUUGGCGAUACUUUGAAAAAGGCUAGCGAUUCUUCUUCUUCAUCUUCUACUACUGAUUCCCUUAUCCCCAUCAAUGAUUUUGGUGACACAAUGAAGAUUCUGCUGGAGAAAAUCACAGGAGGAGGAGGUGGUGGAGGAGCCUUUAGCCUUGUCCUUGAGAGGCCUUUCUCGCCUUUUCCAAUUCAUCAACUGAGUAGUGAUUUUGAUAUUAUUUUUUUCAAUAGAGGACGUGUUCCCACCGCCACUUGGAGCAAAACCAUCCUCUCUUCGGCUUUUCAGGGAAAUGGAAAUUCUGGCUUUGUAACCUUUUCUUCCAAGUUCUUGACUCCCCAUGGAUGGAACAAGCUUUUCAAUCAUCAAAUUGUUCCUUCACAACAACUCAACAUUAAUCUUUCUCCUCCCAUCACCCAAAUUGUUUCUAUUUUUACUGAGAAAGAGCCGGGAGAUGGGGAAUGGUCUCAUGGGAGCUUUCCAUUGGAGGAAUAUAUCAAGGCACUUGAUCGUUCUAAAGGGGAGCUUUACUACAACCAUUCUCUUGGUAUGGGCUACAGUAAGGUUACAGAGCAAAUAUAUGUGGGAUCGUGUAUACAAACACAAGCUGAUGUGGAAAAUUUGUCUAAACUGGGGGUCACUGCUGUGCUCAAUUUCCAGAGUGGUAUUGAAGCAGAAAACUGGGGAAUCAAUUCCAACUUGAUCAAUGAGUCAUGCCAAAAAUUCAAUAUCCUCAUGAUCAACUAUCCUAUAAGGGAUGCUGAUUCCUUUGACAUGCGGAAGAAACUACCAUUUUGUGUUGGUCUUCUAUUACGCUUACUAAAAAAGAAUCAUCGCGUGUUUGUCACUUGCACAACUGGAUUUGAUAGAUCCCCUGCAUGUGUGAUUGCAUAUCUCCACUGGAUGACCGAUACUUCCCUUCAUGCGGCUUAUAAUUUUAUCACUGGACUGCAUCCAUGUAGGCCUGACAGACCAGCGAUUGCUUGGGCAACAUGGGAUCUUAUAGCUAUGGUGGAAAGUGACAGACAUGAGGGACCAGCAACACAUGCUCUGACUUUUGUGUGGACCGGACAAGAGGGAGAAGAUGUAUCAUUGGUUGGGGAUUUUACUGGAAAUUGGAAAGAACCAUUGAAGGCAAGUCACAAGGGUGGACCAAGAUAUGAAGUUGAAGUUAGACUUCCACAAGGAAAGUACUACUACAAGUAUAUAAUUAAUGGGCAGUGGCGGCAUUCAACAGCUUCACCCACAGAAAGGGAUGAAAGAGGGAAUCUGAACAAUGUGGCAGUGGUUGGUGAUAUUGCCAGUGUGAGGCCUUCUAUUAAACAGCAAAAGAAGGACAUCAACAUUGUGAAGGUGAUUGAGAGGCCAUUGACAGAAAAUGAGCGCUUUAUGUUGGCAAAGGCGGCACGUUGUGUUGCGUUCUCAGUUUGUCCAAUCAGACUAGCUCCCAAGUAACUGUCUGUAUAAUGCUAUCUUGGACGAAUACUCUUCUCAAGGCCUAAGACUUCGUAUCGGGUUAUACAAGGUCAAAGAAAUUGUCAUGUCAAUUACUUUAUACAGGUACCAUUUUGUUUCACGGGGCAUCCUGUAGAAAUAAAACGCUUUGUAAUUAUUACAUAAAGCAUGUGAAAAUGUGCCCAAAUUUUUAGAUUUA